AUGAAUUAUUUAAAAAGGGUAACAAAUGAAAAUACAACCAGCAAUAAUUAUAAUAAUUAUAAUAAUAAUAAUAAUACAAAUAAUGCACCAUAUAAUAAUGCUCCUAAAAACUCUGAUUUUACAAACUUUUAUGAGAAUAAAAAUCUAACAAGUGUAAGUAAUAAUAUAUAUAGAUCCAGACAUACUGACAUAGGGAACACUUACAAUUUUUAUAAUAAUAAUAAUAAUAAUAACAAUGAAGAACAGACAAAUAUUUUUAAUAAUAAUUUAAGUAGUAGUAACGAUAAAUAUUAUUUGACAGACAGACACAAUUAUGCAAGAGAUAAAAAAAACCAUUCAAGAAAUAGGAAAAAUAAUAGACGAUAUAAAAAAAAUAACAAUGCUAGAGUAAAUCAAGAGAACAACAAUAAUAAUAAUAAUUAUUAUUAUAAUUAUAAUAAUUAUAAUAAUUAUAAUAAUUAUAAUUGUGUAGUAAAUUCUAUGGGCAAAAAUAAUUUUGACAUGCAACAAAAUAAUGUGAAUACUAUGGAUUGUUUUUUUAAAAAAGAAAAUACUUGUAACAUGAAUAAUGGAAUGACUAAAAACGGAGAAUCAUCCUUAUAUAAAAAUAAGGAGAUUAAUAUGUUACAAGACGAAUCUUAUAAUAAAAGAUUUUUUAAAAAUGAUAAAAAAAAUUUUAUUAAUCCUGAUAAUAAUAAUAAUAAUAAUUUUAGGAAUCCUUAUGUGGAAGAAAAUAAUAUGAUCACACCUAAAUACGAUCUAUCAUCUGAUCAACGUAAAAAUAAUAGAAAUAAAAAUACAACAUAUGUAAAUAAAAAUAAUGUAUUUGAAGAUAAUGAAAUGAAAAAUUCUCUUCAAAAAAAAAAGUAUAACGAAACGAUACAAAUAGAAAGUUUUGAAGGUAGAAAGAAAAAUUAUAAAAAUGAUAGAGAUGAUAUAAAAAAUAUGACGGUACCUGGUCCUGCAUUUAAUUAUAUAGAAAGGGAACACACAAAUGAUAACAACAACAAUAAUAAUAAUAAUUAUAAUAAUAAUAAUUAUAAUAAUAAUAAUAAUUAUAAUAAUAAUAAUAAUUAUAAUAAUAAUAAUUAUUUAUUUAAUCAUAAUGCUUAUAAAUGUAGUGAUAUUUACAAUAUAGAAGAUGAGAAAAAUCAUAUUAUUAAUAAUGAUCAUCAUUAUUUCCUAAAUAAUUAUGAAGAAAAAGACAAGAAAAAAAAAUAUGAUAAUAUAAAUCCCCCUCUUCCUUAUAAUAAUAUAUGUACUGCUGAUGAAAUAAAUGAAAUGGAUAUAAACACGAAACAUCACACACAUGAAUACACUCAGUUUACAAAUAAAUCUAAUAAUGUGAUAGAUAAUAAUGUAUUGGAACCAAAGGAAUAUUAUAGAGGGGAAUUUUUUAAUACAUCGAAUAAUAAAGAAACUGAAAAUAAUAAUAAUAAUAAUAAUAAUAAUAAUGAAAAAGAACAUACCUCUAUCUUUGAAGAGAAUAAUAAAAUUAUUAUUGAUAUGAUUAAUAAUAAAAAUAAUUUUAUAAAUACAAAUGAAAGACCUAAUGAAUUAAAUUACGAUCAUAAUUAUAAUGAUAUAGAUGUUGAUGAAGAUAUUAAUAUUAAUGUUGAUAAAAAUAAUAAUAUAUUUUUUGAUCAGCAUUCUAAUUUGUUCGUUAACCAUUUUAAUAAUCUAAAUGUUAAUAAUACACAUAAUGAGGAUUAUUAUAAAAAUAUAAAAAUGUAUAACAAUCAUAUGGAAAAUAAUAAAAAGCGAAAAGAUAAUUAUGAUGAUAUUCAAGAAAAUGAAUAUAAUGAUUUAAGUUUAAACAAUAAUGAUAUGGAUUAUAUAUGUAAUGAUGGAAUGAGAAAAGAGAAUGAUAGUCAAAUUAUUUAUGACAUAAAGAAUUAUGAUAUUUUCUCAGUCUUAUCUAAUCCAGACAUGAGUAAUAAUGAUAGUAGUAGUAGUAGUAGUGGCAGAUGUAAUAGCAGCAGUUGUAGUAGUAGUAGUAGCAGUAGUAAUAAUAAUAAUAAUUAUUAUUAUUAUAAAGAUAGAUAUAAUGCACAUGUUUACCACAAUAGUGAUAUAAAUAGCUAUAUAAAUUAUACUGCCGAAAAUAAAAACCCUUUACUGAUCUAUCAUAAGGAAUGGAAUAAUUUUAUAGAAGAUGAAAAAAAAAAUAUGAUAAAUAUACAGAGUAUUAAAAAACAUGAAAAAGAUAAAUAUGACAUAAAGUCACAUGAUAUGAUUAUUUUAAAAGAUUUAAUAAAUAAAAAAUUUAGAAAUCGAGAUAUUAAGAAAAAGAAUAAAAAAUAUUUUAAAAAUUUUUUAAAAAAAUAUUUAUAUGAUAAUGUGAACUCAAAAACACACCCUUUAAAUUAUAUUAUUAUUAAUAAUAUGAAUUAUUUACAAAAUAAAGAUACAAAUAAUGAUGUUCAUCAUAUCACACAGAAGGAAACAAUAGAAGAAAUAUAUGACUUAAUAAAUAAUGAUGAUGAUCAUUACAAAGGUCUAUUUCAAAAAAAGAAUAAUAGAGAUAAUUUGGAUAUGAAUAAAAAACAAUCCAACAAUAUUUCAAACACACAUAAUGAUGAGAAUCAUUCAAAUGAACAUUUAAACGAGGAAUAUAUAAAUAAUACGAAUAAUUUAGAGGUAUCAAAAAAAAAAAAAAAUGAUCUAUUACAUAAAGAAUAUACAAUAUAUAUAGACAAUAUAUCUUAUUACGAAGAAAAUAAUAAAAUUGAUAAUACUAAUAAUAAAAAAGAUUCAAAUGAAAUAGAAAAAAAAAAAAAUCAUAACAAUAUACAAAUUAAUCAAAUACUAUUAAAUGAAAAGAAAACAUCUUCUAUAAUAUAUAACAAAUAUAUGAUAAAUAUAAACAAAAAAUAUAUAUUUAAUAAUAUCAAAUGUUAUGCAAUAAAUAAUUGUUCAAAUGAAUAUGACAAUAAAGAUAAUAAACAACUUGAUUUUAAUUAUUACAAAUGGAAUUUAUAUCAUAUAAAUUAUCCUGACCAUUUAGAUUUUAAGAAGGCUUACUUUUUUAUUUUUAAAAAUGAUAUAUAUAUUUAUGGAGCUAGGAAUAAAAAAUUUAUAGUACCUGAUGAAUUAUAUAAACUAAACAAUAAUAAUAUAGAAAUUAUAUAUACUAAGGGCAUAAUACCACAAAUAUAUUAUAAAAUAUAUUUUUUGGUUGAUAAUGAAAAUUUUGAUAAAAAAAAUAAUUAUUCUAAUGAUAUAUUUUAUAAUUAUAAUGAACAUAUUAAUAAAUUGUCUGAUCAUUAUUGCUCUAUAUCACAUUGUGAUCAUCCAAUGUUUUCUUUUUAUUAUCCUGAUUUUAUAUUAACAAACGAUAAAUUAAUAUUUUCUAACCCUAGCUUUUAUCAUAAAGAUAAUGAACUUUUUACUAAGACUAUCUUUAUACCUUCAGUCUAUCCUGAAGAAAAAAAUUGGAUUCAUAUAGAAAAGAAUGAAAGAAAUGGAUCUGAAUAUCAUAGAUUUAAUAACACACAAAGAUAUACAACAAGUAAUGGUGAUAAUAAUAAUAAUAAUAAUACACAUUUAAAUGAUAUAUUAUAUAAUAAAAGAAAUUUCAAAUAUACAUUUAAUCAAGAUAUAGAAGAAGAAAAAAAAAAAAAAAAUACUCAAUAUUUUUAUAUUUUGGGAUGCAAAGAAUUUAAAGUAAUCGAUUUUUUUACCAUAUAUAAAUUAGAUAUGACUACAUUUCAAUGGCACAAAAUUAAUAUCACUUAUAAUAAAUUAUUAAAUGUAAAAAGAGAAGAUUUCUCAAUAAUAUUAAAUAAUAAUUAUAUAUAUCUAUAUGGAGGAGUAGUACAAACAAACAAAAAAAAAUGGAAAGUUACUGAUGAAUUAUGGAUUUGUAAUUUGAAAAAAAGAACAUGGGAACUUAUAUCUUUCAAAGAUAAAGAAGUAACAACAAAACAAAAAAAAAAUUAUCAAUAUAUAUAUGAUAUUUAUCCUAAUAAAUUAAAACAAAAUAAUAUAUUAAACAUAGAAAAUAAAAAUAGUAUAAUCAAAGAAAAAAAGGAUAUAGAUAUUCUAAAAAAUAAUAACAAAACAAAUGAUGAUAUAUAUAUUACUCAUCAUAUUGAAAAACAUCCAGGUGCUCGAGCUUGUCACUUGAGUUUUUUUUAUAAAGAUAAAUUAUUUAUACAUGGAGGAACUAAUUUAAAAGAUGAAAAAGAUGAUUUAUUCUUUUAUGAUAUAAAAAAAAGAAUAUGGUACGAACUUAUAUGUGAUGAAUAUAAUCACAUGAAACCUUCAAAAAGACAUAGUCAUACUGGAAUAUUUGUAAAUAAUAAAUUAUAUAUAUAUGGAGGAUUUCAAAAAUAUGAAAAUUAUCAUAUCCUAACUAAUGAUUUAUUUUUAUAUGACAUUCAAAAAAAUAUAUGGACUCAAAUAUUUACCAUGGAUGAUUUAUAUUAUCUAAAAACAGAAUUAAUCAAUAAACAAAAACAUGUUCUACUAUAUUUGCAAUUACUUGUUUUAAAAAAUAUGUAUCGUAAUUAUUUAGUACAACUAUUGAAUGCUAAUAAUUCUAAAAAAAAUUAUAUUAAGCUCGAUGAAUAUAAUAAUACAUCAAACAAAGACACACUAAUAAGUUCUCAAAGUGUAGUAAAAUAUAGAAAAGAAAGUGAUGUAAAUGAAACAAACAAAAUGAACCAUAUAAAUGAAACAAACAAAAAUGAUAUUUACAAAUCAGAUAUUAUUCAUAUAAAUAAUUUUGAAAAUCUAUCAGCUGAUUCAAACAUAUUUAAUGAUAAGAAAAAUUAUUCUCAAAAUUGUUAUAAUAAUAAUAAUACAUUUAACAAUAAAACUAAUGACAAUAAUUUUGUUUUACAUGAAUUUAUUAAUUUGGAUGAAAUAAGUAAAAAUGUAAACGAAACAUAUAAUUUUAAUUUAGAUAAUAACAAAAUUAAAAAACAACACAAACAACAAAAACUACAACAAAAACUACAACAAAAACUACCACAAAAACUACAACAAAAACAACAAAAACAAAAAGAACAAGAAAUAUAUUUUCAUCAUAAUUUUUUUUAUUUAAAAAAUUUAAAUAAUUCAAAAAAUAUUAUUAUACCAUAUAAUAAUUUUCGAAAUAAAUGUUUUUAUUUUAAAAACUCUUUAUAUUUUUAUGGUGGAUCCGGAUAUAACCCAAAUAUAAAACAAAGUAUUGAAAAACAACAAGAUUAUAUUUUUUAUGAUAAUGUUUCACACAUUAAUACAGAUGUAACAUAUAUCGAUUUUAUUUUAUCUUAUUUAAUUUUUAAUGAUACUUUCUUUUUCAAAUAUAUUCAAAAUGUGCAGUUAGAAAUGUUACCAUUCAUCCAGUCGCUUGAAAAAAAUCUUCACAAUCAUAUGAAUGAACAAGAGAAAACUCUUAAAGAGGAAACUAUUAUAAAUCAAAUAUGUGUAAAUAUUCAAAAGAUUCAAGAAAAAUUAAAUAACAUAUAUAUGAAUAAUAUACAAAGCGAUACAAAAAAGAAUAAUAUGAAUGAUCAUCAUGAUUUGAAUAAUGUAAUCAAACAACUAUAUAAUUGUAAUAAUAGUGAUAAUCAUAAUAAAGACCAUUUGGAAAAUGAACAUAUGAACAUGUCAGAAAAAGAUAUAUUAGAAAAGGUAUUUUUUUAUACGCAAAGUAAAAAAAGUUAUGAACUGUUAAGGUUUUUAUUUGAUUUAUAUAAAAAUAUAUAUAUAAAACACCUGAACGGUCAGGACAAAGAAAUGGUUUCCACGGAAUUGCUUAAAAAUAUGGGAAUAGAAGAAAAUAUUAUUCCAUCAAAUGAUAGGACUGAUAAUAAUUAUAGUGAGAAGAAUAUAAAAGAUGAAUCGAAAGGGAAUUUUACAAAUAAUUUUAAUAACAAAAUAAGUUAUACCAUAUUAUCAAAUAUGAAAGAGAAAGAAAAAAAGGAAAGAAAAUUUUCUUGUGAAAUAUUAUCUAAUGGAAAUAAUAUGAAUCAAAAUAAUUAUGAAGGAAUACAAAAAAUGAGCAAUAUAGAAAUGGAAGAUAAACCAUUAAAAUAUUUCAGUAGUGAUAUUUAUAAAAAUGAAGAGACAAGAAAAAUAUUAGUGGAACUAGUAAAAUCAUAUAAUGAAGAAAAAGAUGAAUAUAUGAGAAAUGAUAAAAAUAUCCCCUAUUAUAAUUUUAUGAAUAAUUAUAUUAAUCCAAUUCAAAAUGAUAAUAUUGAUUUUAAUGAAAAAAGGGAAGAAAAAAUAAAUAAAGAUAUAUUAGACACUAACAUUGCUAUUAUAGUUAAUAAGCUUAAAAAUGAUUAUAUUAAUUUUAAAGACGACAUUAUGGAUAGUGAUUAUAUUAAUGAUGAUGAUGAUAUUAAUGAUUAUGAUGAUAUUAAUAAUAAUGAUGAUAUUAAUAAUAAUGAUCAUAUUAAUAAUAAUGAUGAUAUAAAUAAUAAUGAUCAUAUUAAUAAUAAUGAUCACAUUAAUAAUAAUGAUCAUAUGAAUGAUAGUCAUAAUAUUUAUGAUAUUUAUAAUUCUGAUUCUUUCAAAAAAACAUCAGGUACCUAUGUAGAUGAGGAAAUGUUGGAUUCUGAACGAAAUGUAACUAACCAUUUAGAUCUAGAGAAUUAUAAAUAUAAUGGUAUUUAUUCUGUGGAUGAUAAUGAGGAGUGUUGUACAAAUAAAAAUAAUCUUACAUCAUCUUAUGAUAGCACCAAUAUAGAGAAUCAAAGAAUUCCUAUGGGCAGAAAAUUACAAAUAAAAAAUAUUUUUUUGAAGAAAAGAAAGGAUGAUGAUGUUAAUAAUAUAUAUGAUAAUAAAAAUUAUGAUGAUGACAAUGAAGAUAAUAAUAAUGGUGACAAUAUGGAUAAUGUGAAUAAAAAUAAUGACAUAAAUAAUGACAUAUAUCAUGACAAACAUAAGGAUAACCUAUUUGAUAACUCUCCUAUAAAUUCUCAAUCAACCAUUGAACAUUUACAAAUUCAUAAUCAUUUAGAAAAAUAUGAUAAAUUAAUUAAUGAAAGAUAUUUAAAAGAUAUGGAUUUAAAAAAAAAUAAUAUAUAUAAAAUGAUAUAUACAUAUUCAAAGGAUGUAGAAAAUCAAAAUAAAAUAAUUCUUCAAAAAAUUGAAGAAUUACAAAAUAUAGCUAAUAAUUUUACAGACUUAAAUAAAAAAAAAAUGUAUUUUACAUAUAAAAAUAAUUAUGAGUUACAAUUAAGAAAUACAAAAGAUGAUCUAUCAUGUUAUUCUUUUAAUAUAGUAAACUUUGAGAAUUUAAAAGCAAAUUAUAUAUCUCUAAAACAAAAAUUAAAUUAUUUUAAUGAUAUCAUAAAUAUAUACUCAAAAAAAAUACAUGAACAAAAUGUAUAUAUAAAAAUUAUACAAGAUAAAUAUGAAUAUUUAAUGAAUUAUUUGAUAAAAUUAAAAUCAACUAUACACAAUGAUGGUAUUAGUGAUGAUAUUUUCAAUUUUUUUUGUGACGACGAUUUUUUUAACCACGAAAAAUAA